UUGAGUUGUGAGCUCCGUCAGGAGGGAGGAAGCGUAUCGUCAACGUGUAUGUUGGUGUUUGUAAACAGUGUCGAAAAAUUGUGGGGAAAUUCACAAAUUGUUUUGUUUUACUUACCACGCUUUCAGCAUUUUAUUCUAAUACUUUGUUAGUUUGUUAGAAAAUGGAUCAAGAAACUCUCGUUUGUGUUCCAGGACAACGCUUGAGCAUCGCUGACAAGAAUCAUUUAUCAGGCCGAGGGACUUACGAACGCUUGGGAUACAUCUAUGCCACAUUAGCUGGAGUUGUAAAGAUAGAAAAACAAGACAAGGCAUCGCUAAUUGAAGUACGUAGCAGUAAUGAACAAAGUAUAGUUCCUGCUCCAGGUGAUAUCGUCACUGCAAAGGUAACCAUUGUGAAACAGAGGUUUUGUAAAUGUAUCAUAAAGUGUAUAGGUGAUACAGUUCUCUCUCGGCCAUACCGUGGCAUUUUACGUAAAGAAGAUGUACGUGCAACUGAAAAAGAUAAAGUGGAAAUGAUCAAAUGUUUUCGUCCAGGAGAUAUUAUUCUGGCUCGAGUUUUACCAAUGACAGAAGUACAUUCAUAUCAACUGUCCACAGCUGAAGAUGAGUUAGGAGUUGUAAUAGCUGAUAGUGAAACCGGAACUUCAAUGGUACCCAUCAGUUGGACCGAGAUGCAGUGUCCUAAGACACACAUUAAGGAAUUAAGAAAAGUUGCCAAAGUUAUACCUGAGAGAUUAGGUUCUCAUAUUGUCAUUUAGAUAGUUCCUUCUGAAGGAAUUCUUAAAUGCCUUCACUGAAGUGCAAUAUUUUUGUAUCUUUAAUUUCUCAAAUUUGACAGGCAAUAUCUUUUCUGUGAAUAGCUUCUUAUUACAGGGCCAAUAACGUGGAAAAAAAUUACAAUAACAAGCAAAAAAAUA